AUGAGAAUGGUAAUACCACCUGUAGCAUUUUGUACAUUUGUUCCAACAGAUGAUUCGAACAUUCGACAUUUUCAUUCAAUCAAAUCAUCUUUCAAUACCAGUAAAGUUGAUUAUUACACUUAUAGAUAAAUUUGAAGAUAUCUAUGAUCAAUUAUCAGGAUAAGUAUAAAACUAAUUAAAUUACAAUGAAUUCAAAGAAACUUUAUAAACAAUUAAAAAGAGAACAGGUCCCAUUUAAUAUUGGUCAUAUUCUACUCCAAAUCCAGCCUCUCCUGCUGUAAUUGUUGCAUUUUAAAAUAACUUAGCACCUGGGUUAAUAACUUGGGAAUAUGAUAAUACCAACUUAAAAAGUUUUAUCAUCAAAGAUUAUAGUUAACCAUCCUUUUUAGAAUUCAUAAUGAACAAUCCUAAUAAAACUGCUAUGACUAUUAUUGCCGAUGAUUAGCCUUUAUUAAGAUAUCAUGGUAAUCGAUUAUAAGAUCUGAUGAGUGUAUUCAAAAUACCAAUAGCAAUAGAAUUCUCAAGAUAGGUAAGUCAAGGAUUACUUGAUCCAGAAAGCUGGAUUUCAGUUGAAGAUAUAAAUAAAUUCUAUAUUGAGGGAUUUGACUUGUCACAUCAAUUAUUUUUAGAAAAUUGGGGGAAAAUGAGAAAAAUUUAAGAUGGAAAAGUGAAACUAAUUGAAAUUGCUAACGGAAUGAUAGCAUUAAGUUCUAAUGCUAAUACUGAAUUCUUGUAGUCCUUGUUAACUCUAAAAUCAAUUUAGAAAACAAUCAAUAAAUUAAAAUUGAAAUAGACUACUUCUUAUUAUUUGAACUCAUUUCUAUUGUCAUAUAUAAACAUAAAGGAUGUAGCAAGAGAUCAGUAUAUAGCUGAAAUUAAAUCUUACAAUGAGGAAUCAAUUAAAUAAAAGAGUAAUGAGAUCCACAAUUUGUUAAUUUAAGGUGGUUAACAAGCAUAGGAACUAUUAAAAAGAGGAAAAGAAUUAUUAGAUGGAGAAGUCUUAGGAAUUUAAGCUUAGUUAUUUACUAAAUCAACUACUAAUUCUUAUGCUAAUUUGUUAAAUAAAUUAAACAAGGAAACUAUUUUUGAUAAGUAAUUCUAUGAGGUAUUUUAUCCGUUGAUAGGAUAUGUCUCACUUUAAAAUCCUGCUCUAGCCAAGAUCUAUAAGCAUGUUGGAGUAUAUAUAAUAAAAAUUAAAAAAGGUCAAAGGAGGAUCCUCAGCAUAUUACAAUCAAAAGCAAUGUGUCCUAUCAAUCGCAUAUUUUUACGAAUUAAGCCAAAAAAACCAUUAUAAUAAAGUUUCUUUGGCCUUAUUUACUGAAGAUUUAGAUUAUGAAACUGAAUUUGUACCAUUAGUGACUUAAUUCAAUUGUUUUACAGGCUUAUUGGGGCUCAAUGAAGAUUAUCUUUAAGCUGUUGCUAAUAAAUUAUAAACUAUAAAACCUAGUAGAAAAUAAAAAACUUGA